GGAUCUGAGAUCAUAACCUGCAUUGGUGGGAAUUGGACUGAGCCAGCACUAAUCUGCAAGGCUUAUUGUCCCAUGCCAGAAGGUGGAAAGAACAUGGUUCUCACUGACGAAUCGCUCCUAAGACAGGAUUUCCCAGAUGGUACCAAGCUCACAUAUGACUGCAGCAAUGGAUAUGAAAAAGAAAGUGGCUCUGAGAACAUAACCUGCAUUGGUGGGAAUUGGACUGAACUAGAUCUAAUCUGCAAGGCUUAUUGUCCCAUGCCUAAAGGUGGAGAGAACUUAGUUCUCACUGAUGAAUCCCUCCUAAAAAAGCAUUUCCCAGAUGGAACCGAGGUCCUAUAUAAGUGCAGCGAUGGAUUUGAAAAAGAAAGUGGCUCUGACAACAUGAUCUGCAUUGAUGGGAAAUGGACUGAGCCAGAUCUAAUCUGCACGAAGCAGAGUGUAGUAGAGACUAUAAAUGAAGGAAAUACACCUCCUAUAGACAGUGUGGCCAUUGUUGCGUUAGUUUGCUCCAUAGUUGGAAUUUUUAUAAACAUCUGUCUUGUGAGAACACAAUGACUGAACACUUUGAUUCCAUUAUAGGAUAUUAAAUUCACUGAAAGUCACUGAAA